AUGGUCCGGAUCGGGUCCUGGUUCGGCGGGGCGCCGGAAGAGCGCCUAGCCCGCGAGGUGGCAGAUAUAGAAGAUGCCUCCGCCUCCGCGGAGCUUAUCCUCAAUGACGAUAUGGACGGGGCCGAAGCUGGCCUCAAGACCGGCGACUCUACUUACCACCAGCUGGCCCUCGCCGUCAUCGGCUUCGCGCGCUCCAUUCUCGGUGCCGAGAAGGACGUCAUGGCCCGGGCCUCGGCGCAGCUGGCCGUCUGCGAGGCCAGAGCCCUAGCCGACCAGAAGAGAGCGCAAAAGGAGUUUGCCGACUGCGCCGGGUACGUGUACCCACCCGGCGCCGAGUACGCCCUCGUCCACACCGAAGCGUUGCUCAUGUCCGCCGUCGUCGGCGUGCUUCACGAAAGCCUCACCGAGGGAAUCAAGAGUUUUUACAAGCUGAGGAAGGCGUACUUUAUUCUCGAUGCCAUCAUGCAGCUCGAUGUCGCGGGUGUAAAGGCUGGCCCUUUGCCCCCGGGGAGGAAGUCGCUCUCCGAGGCGUUCGCAGCAGAUCCGAUGCCUGGCACCUUUGGGGACGACGAGUUUUGCGACGAUGCGGCGAAUGACCUUGACGAAUGCGCAGCUGUCCAAGAGCUCUUGCGCAACACCACCACAACCUCGACAUCCAAGUCUCCGGCGAACGGCUCGUCGGGCUCGUCGUCAUCAUCCUCGUCGAUAAGCUCCGCUUCGUCCACCAGCAGCGACCAAGGCGACGCCUCGGCCGCCGGCACCGGCAGCCUUGCCAAGACAAGUCUCGACUCGGAAAUCUUCGCCAACCCCGCGACGCCUUUAUCCACAGCGGCGGCAGCAUGUGCUUCGGCGCCCUCCUCUUCGUCUUCACUCUCAUCGUGGGCCUCCCGGGAAAAGUGCGACGAGCUCCUCGCGCGCAUGAAAGCGCGGUACCCCAAGUCCGGCUUCUGGCAACUCGAGCAGUCCCGCAUGUACGCCAACGCGCGGCGGCUCGGCGACGCCCUCGACACCCUCAAGAGCAUCCCCACGUCCAACAUCAAGGAGGUCAACACGCUCGUCUGCUUCGAGACCGCCAUCGACGCGCUCUUCAUCAUGGACUGGGCGCUCAUGCGCGACUCUUUCCUCCGGUGCAUGGAUCUCAACGAGUGGAGCCGCGCCCUCUACUACUACAUGGCCGGCUGUGCCGAGGUGGAGCUGUACCGCGACGCUUUCCACCGCGCCGCCGCGGGCGAGGCGGGUGCCGAGGCCGAAGCCAAGAAGCACAAGGCCGCCGCCGCCGACUUGCUCGCCAAGGCGCCCGCGAGCGCGGGCAAGAAGCGGUUCAUGGCCAAGCAGCUGCCGUUCGAGGUGUUUGCCCUCCGCAAGCUCCAAAAGCUGGAGGCGCGCGCCAAGGAGCUCAAGAUCGACCUCGUCGACGCCGUCGCCAUCAGCCCCGCGCAGGAGCUGCUGUAUCUGUACAACGGCGGCAAGAGGGUGGACGCGGCCCAGGCGGACUCGGCGAUGGGGUACUUGCGGUGGGAGAGGUGCACGGCGAGCAAAGAGGCGGUGGAUAAGAUGAGGGCGUGCGUUGACGAGGGGGCGGUCAAGGCGGUUUGCGAGUCGGCGCUGCUCCGGGCCGUGGGCAAGAUCUCAGAGGCGAGGGCAAGGUUGGAAGAGGAUGUGCUAAAGCAUGAUAAAUCCUGCUUCAAGGGUGGCACAAAGGAGGACUAUAUCCUGCCCUGCGCGCACUACGAAAUGGGCGUCUUAGCCUGGGCAGAAGCAUGCGACCCCAACCCGACGAUCACGACGAAGGGAUCCGAAAAGCCAGGUGCCGAGGAGACCGAAGAGACCGGGAAGCCCGCGGCGGAGGGUGACGAUGACGCAGACAAGGACGGAGCGGAGCAGGGGCAGGAGGCGCUGGACGCCUUCCGCAAAGCCAAGAUCAGCGAGUGCCAGGCCAACUUGGACAAGGCUGCGGGAACCUACAUGAUGGCCGUGUUCAUGUCACAAAACGCCGCUGUCUCACAAUGCUCGCUGGGCUUCGAGUUCUAG